AUGAAAUACCUUGACCUUGGAAUAUUCGCCGUCCUGGCGUGGAUAUUGUCAACUAUCAGCGCUCAACAAUACUCUUUGGCGAACGCAACAACAUGUGGGCUCGCUUGCGUAGCAGUCACUGUGCCAAAGAUUAAUUGCCCGCUGCUUAACACAGCUUGUCAAUGCAAGAGCACCGAAUUACCACAGUUGAUGACAGCAUGUCUGUUAGAAAAUUGCACAAUGCACGAUGGAUUGAGCAAGCGUCUGCCAUUUGCCACAUCCAGAUCGAUCUGCUGUGCCGAUUGUUCUGACUGCCACUGUCUACACGUUCACAACUGUGUUGGUCGUCUUGCGUCUGAUAUCCAAAAUCUGGGUGUCUCGCACUAUGGGCAUAGACGAUUGGAUUGUCAUUAUUGCUCAGUGUCAAAGGUAGGCUUUGGGAGACAUAUCUGGGAUCUUCAAGACGGCGAUCUCUCGCUUUUUUUGAAAUAUUUUUACAUCGUAGAGAACGCCUAUGUGAUAUCCAUUACCCUAACAAAGAUCUCCGUGAUCUUCCUCUACCUCCGACUCUUCGAACACUCGCCAUCGUUCCGCUAUACCGCGUACGGAACUAUAGUUUUCAUCGCUCUCAUCACAGUUGUUCUCUCGUCUUUAACGAUAUUCGCCUGUCAACCUGUGUCCUUCUUUUGGGACAGGGAUAUCAGAGGAGGCAAAUGUUUGGAUAUCAAAGCUGUCGCUUAUGCUAUUAGCACUGUGGGCAUCGUUGAGGAUCUCGUUAUCGUUGCCCUUCCAUUACCCUUGCUUGUAAAGCUGCAAAUGAGUACGAGGAAGAAGAUCGGAAUCGGAUUUAUGUUGAUUUUGGGAAGCAUAGGUUGUGUAGUUUCCAUGAUCCGUCUCAAGUCCCUCAUCUCCUUCGGGAACUCCCUCGACCCUUCCUGGGACAACGUCAAUGCCGUAGUCUGGACAAUCCUCGAGCUCUCUGCCGCCAUGAUCUGCGCCAGCCUCCCCGCUCUCCGCGUCCUCCUCCUCAAACUCUUUCCCAAAUCCAUACUCUCCACCACCGGAGGCACGUUCCCCACCAACGGACGAGAACCACAACCAAAACCAUGGCAAGGUAUUGAUUUCGGGCGCCGUUCUGAUCGUUACCACUCCUCUGCGACGGGCUUUGUAGAGCUGGAGCGGACGAUUUCGGCUGCCCGAGCCGAUCAAGCGGAGACACCCCCCACGCCGCCCCCGAAAGACAAUUUUGUGAUAGAGUUGGGAUGCAUGGAUUACAUGAAUGGAUAA